GGCAAGGUUCUCGACAGACGAUAUCGGGACUUUGCCGAACCUUUAGAAAAUACGCCUGAUUCGACUUCGAGGCAGCUAUCUUCGGGCGAAAUUAAAGAUAUUGCAACCAGAGUGAGCGAUGUCAUCGUGAAGGUCGAUUACAAGGACGGUGACAAGGCUCGCGCGGUUUUCCAUGUCGCGCCUCAGCAGGAUCCGCAAGGUCAAGAGCAGGGUGGCAGGGCCACUCCAAAAACUGUGAGAUUUGAUGUGCCGAAAGAUUUAGACGCUACUAGCGCAGCCGGAGAUGUGGCGCCGCACCUACAGACGAUUAUACUGAACGCGCAAGAGGAGGUGACUAGUAAAAAGCGGUGGACGCGGUUGCGUACCCUAGUAUUGGAGGUCGGGAGCGUCGUGGGUAAAAUUACUCAGGAGUAGGUAGACUUAUGAGAAGGUUAUCGAGAUGAUACUAAGUGCCGGGUGGUAGUAAUAUUACUAACCAGAAAGAUUUCGAAAAAAGUCUUUUUGGCGUUGUGGGCGAUGUUUGCUCUUGGCGUGUUGGACGAUGGCGGGUGCCAGGAAGCUGGCGAAUGUGCUACUCCUUAUUCUACUACUAUUUGAGUUUGAGAAUGUAUUAAGACCGGGCAUCGUCGAUCUCGAGUGGUGCGUUCAUUCUUCAGGCCGUUGAAGAUGUCGAGCCUCGCAAUGACAAUGACGAGUCAAUGCAUAGCAUUGCCCUCGUGCUAUAGAACAGAAGUGCCACCAACAAAGCUACUUUAAUUUGAGACAUGCCAGCAAAGUAGAAAAAAUAGGAAGGAUACCAAUACGAAUACCAGAGAAUAGUUGUAGG